AUGUCAACGCUGAUCCCCACCACGGCAUCGGUGACGGUCACAACUACUGAGGGUCCGUUGGUAAUCGAUCUAUGGGCCAAAGAGACCCCCAAGACCUCUCGCACAUUCCUUGAACACUGCAUUGUUGGCGAUUACAUUGGGGCAUCAAUCGCAGUCGGUGACGAUGCGGUGACGAUUACUAGUUCAGUUGAGGGAAAACAAGAGGAAUCAGUGGCCGAUGAAUUCCAUUCUAGACUUCGGUUUGGUACCAAUGGUCUUCUCUAUACCUCUCAGCAAUCUUCGGGAGGACAGUCGUUACUCAAAUUCCAUAUCAGUUCCAGUGAUGCUACCAGUUUACAAGGGAAAGUCAAUGUUUUCGGACGGGUCAGUACCGAGUCGAAUAAAGUAUUACGGCUAUUAAGUGGAACUGAGGCGAAGGUGGAGCUGGUGCAAGUGACCAAGCACUAUUUCGACGAUCUUCCUCAGCCACCUCAAGCUGAAGUACCAAAGGAAGUUACUACUGAAACAAAACCUGCCAAAAGAAAAAUUAAAAUGGUAUACGACGAAGAAGAAGAAGACGAUACUGAGGCUGUGCAGUUCAAAAUCAAGCCAUUACUGGUGAAGAAACCAAAGCAAGAAUUGAGGGCUGCGGAGCCGAAACCAGAACAAAAGGAGAAGGUGGAGUCGCCAGAGAAAGUAGAGGAGGAAAAACAGCAAUCUAAGCCUGUGCUUAAUAAUGCUAAUGAUGCCCCGAAGAAGAAAUUAUCAGAAUCUUCAAGUAAGCCUGGAGCGAAAACCAAAGAGUCCAGCGUUGAAGACAAACCUAAACCCCAAGAACGUCUUCCAUUCGAAAAUCCCAAUAAAGAUCUUGACUUGGCUGAGUGGGGAGACGUUACCGAUUUAUCCAAACACCGCUUUCGACCGGUGAGACAUUGA